AUGCCUUCUCAAGGAUCUCAAAUACUGUCUCAAUUAUCUCCCUUGUGCCUUCCUUUGCUCAAAUUUUCUUAUGCUACGGUGUCUAAUGAAAGUAUCGCUCCUAUACCAUGGAUCCAUCUCUCCAGCAAGGAUGCUCUCUUUGCCAUCUUUGAAACCAGCCCUAUUCAACUCGAAGACGGUCGGGCUGAGGAGAGGCAAAAGUUCAAAGUCUUACAAGAUCCUGAAGUCAUGGAAGAAUUGGACCUCAAUGCGCUGUCGGUCGAGGCCCAUCGUGCCCUAAUUCAAGCACCGGCCGCUACAGCUGUCAAUGUCCCUCACGUCGCCAUCAUUGUCAAAGUGCCUAUGAUCGCCAUCAAAUAUCCCAUGGCCAAUGGACAGAUCCGACGUUUCCAGAUUCGCUUCUCCAAAAACGAAGACUAUUAUGAAGCUAUGAAAAUGCUUUCGCGGGCUAAUGUGCCUACUGUCGAAGCCGGUACCUUUCCAGAUCAUAAGCCACAAGCAGCCCCAAGACCAGCUGCACCCAGCCUAGUAGCACCCAGUGACUCUGCCUCCCAGGUUGGAUUGUCAAUAAUGGGGCCGAGGAACUACGAUGACAUGUCCGCACUCUCGCUGUCUCGACCGGCAGCAGCUGCUCAAUCUGCAAUGCCUCCGCCACAGAUGUUUCUAGCACCUGCACAACCAGCACAAUGUCCUUCGCGUGUACGGCCACUAGCUGAUGGGGACUCGCGUUCAGCUUAUGUGUCAGACCUCGGACCUAGAUAUCCCAAAUCUAACAUUUCACUCAGUACCGCCACGACUCUUGUUCCUGAGAAACAGCAGCCGAGAUUCCGUGCCACACAACCCCGACCAAGGCCCGAGGAUGGUGUUGACGUCCACAGCCGGCAAUCGACCAGAGUGUGUCAGCAACACCUCGGGUUUCAAGCGCCUCGGGGCGAAACAGGCCUAGGACUUCGUGGAGGGCAAUUGGUACCGCAGACAACAAUAGCUGAAGUCAAUGAUCAGAGCUGCUCCAUGCCUUCAGGUGGGGAUGCCGAUUCUGCUAGCGAAAAAGGGAGAAAGUAUCGACAGCCUACGAGUGUGGAAGCGAACAACUCAGAACCUACAACCACCGCAACCGCAAAGGGUAGGGGAAAGCGAGGUGUUGCGAACAAGGCAGCAAAGACUCCAGCAGUCAAAAGGCCACGAACUGCCGCAACACGUAAGAAGACCGCCACAAAGAAAUCUCAAGAAGACAAGCGAGUGCCAACCGUGGAUGAAUUGCUUCAACAACCGGGAUACAGUUUGCUCCCAGACGGCGCGAUCACUAAGCCCCGAAGCUUUUCGCGUGCACAAAAUAACCUAGCGGAAUCCGACCAGACAAAGGGCCUGGAGAUUGCCGAAACAGAGUACGAUGUGGACCAGCCUCCAGCCCAGGGUAGCGCUUGCCUCGGGGGUACAGCAACUAGGCACAUAACUCGCUCUGCAUCUCGAGUUCUCUCAAGUGUUCCAAUACAACGCGCCGCAGGGGACGACAGACAUGUCUACAAGACUGCACCUCCGCCGUGCACGCCGGCAGACCAGACCAUUACCAACGCUCUAACUCCAGCAUCGCCAGUAGCUCAGGCGCAUACUACUGCCGCCCUUGCUCAACCUAUGUGUCUUUCGCACUCAGGAGAGCCAGAAGCUACGCCAGAUUCGCAAGCACAAACUCCACCGCUUCCUGUAACCGACGACGUCCUCCUUGGCCUUGCUCAAAAGUGCCUUUCUGCAGACCCGGCCUUCGACCUCUGCUCCGCCCGCUCCCGCCUCGAGGCCUGGCUCAGCCUACCCGAGCCAACACAAGCGACGGCACUGAGGACCUAUUUCUGUGAGUUAAUUAUGACGGAUGGGUUCAGCCAAUUGUGCAGGAGCGUCGACCUGUUUUGGGAGGGCGCCAUUUUAGAGGGGAGGAUGAUGACGAUGACAACGGCAGCGACGGAACUCAGUGCAGGGAUCGAAGCAGACCAAGAAGAUGUUUAA